GUUGGCCUGACCAUAGCGGCAGCUGGAUUUGCAGGUCGCUAUGCGCUGAAAGCCAUGAAGCAAAUGGAGCCACAAGUAAAACAGGCACUUCAGAAUCUACCAAAACCUGCCUUCAGUGGUUAUUACAGAGGUGGAUUUGAACCCAAAAUGACUAAACGAGAAGCAGCUUUAAUACUAGGAGUGAGCCCUACAGCCAACAGAAGUAAAAUUAGAGAAGCUCAUAGACGAAUCAUGCUUCUGAAUCAUCCAGAUAAAGGUGGUUCUCCAUAUGUAGCAGCCAAAAUCAAUGAAGCUAAAGACUUACUGGAAGACCAAGCUAAAAAAUGA